AUGCGCCUCACGCACGCCCCCUUGUUCUCUCUUCUCACCCUCACGGGCGCUUCCCUGCAAGACAGCGCCGGACGCCAUACCACGUCUCGGCUUUGGGCUACCCAUUACAAUGGCAAUGUCUAUUCGCUCGCCUUCAAUGGCAAGAGCCUUUCCCUGACCGACACAGCCAAGACUUGUGGUACCAUGCCCAGCUGGCUCACCUUUGAUCGAGACACCCAGACGGUGUAUUGCUCAGACGAAGCCGGUUCUGCAGACCCCAGCACGCAUGGCUCCCUCUGGGCAUACCAUGCGGGACGAGAUGGCUCCUUGCAGCAAUAUGCCAAGACGGACACGGUGGGCGGCGGCGUCAACAGUGUCAUCUACAAGAAUGAUCAGGGCGACAAGUACCUGGCCAUUGCACAUUACGAGGGCUCGGCGGUUUCGACCUUUGCUCUUCCUCUGCACGACGGCGAUUCCGCGCUCCAGGAAUUCCACUUCAAACUGACUCGCCCGGGUGCCGUUGCUCAACAAGACUCCCCGCAUCCGCACGAGGUCUUUUUGGAUCCGACCGGCUCCUUCGUCGUGAGCCCCGACUUGGGCGCUGAUCUCCUCCGCAUCUACUCCAUCGACGGUGAAUCCGGCAAGCUGCAUGAAUGCCCCUCGGUCAAUAUCACUUUUGGAUUUGGACCGCGUCACGGCGUGUUCUGGUCCGAUGGUACCAGCGACCAGAAACACUCUCGGGAUGACCAGACUGGUCACGCCAGUGACUCGCGACAGGCUCAAGCCGUCGGAAAGACGAUGAUGUAUUUGGCCAAUGAGAUUGGUGGUACGGUCGACGUCUUCGACGUCACCUAUGCGCGGUCUGGCUGUCUCUCAUUCGAGAAGAUUCAGACCAUGGUGCCCUACACCAACGGUGUGAUGCCCAAGGGGGCCACCCCAGCAGAGAUCCGCUUGAUCGACGACACCCUGUACGUGUCCAUCCGUUCCGAUCAGGGCUUCGCCCCCAGCGACAGUAUGGUGGCUUUGGAUCGAUCGCCACGUACGGGCACCGUCAAGUUCCGCCAAAAGACCCCCUCGUAUGGCAAGGUCCCCCGGACCGUUGCGAUCAAUCGCGCGGGUGAUCUGGUGGCGAUCGGUGACCAGGCCUCGUCGAAUGUGGCGAUUGUUCGCAGAGACCGCAAGACAGGCAACUUGGGCGAGAAGAUUGCGACGCUGCAAGUCGGCGAGCCUGGCCAAGUAGGUACUGCCGAGGGACUGAGCAGUGUUAUUUGGGACGAGUGA